GUCGUCAGAGAGGCGAAGUAGGUGGCACCGAAUGUCCUUCACCCUCCCUCCGGAGAAUUCCCUUCGUCAAUCUCUCUUGAAGUUCCCUGCCGAGGUGUAGGUCUUCUCGAAUCCCUCCUCCCACUUAAGCACCUCCAAAGCAGAUUAACCAAAUGGGGUUCUUGGGCUUCUGUCUCUUCGUCUUGGCUGCUGAAGCCAGCGCCCUCAAGUUCGUUGAGUACGAUGGCUAUGGAGAUCAGGAGGCUCUCCACCGUGUGAAGAGGCGCCUGGAAUUUCCCCUGGCUGGCAGCGACGACAACAGCACCGUGGUUAUCGAAGAAACGACAGAGACCUGUACUUGGUGCGACAACGAUGACUUGGAGGUCGACGACGAGCACAGAGCAACGACUGUGCAGAGGUUCAACCAGUACAUAGCACCUGGAACUUGUGUCGAAAACAGUUCGCCAAGAUACCCAGAGAAAUAUCCCAAUAAUAAGGAUAUACGCUGGACGUACACGGGGGCUUCCGGAAGUAUAUUGACGUUUAAGGUAAUUAAGGGCGGAGUCCAGAAACACUACAAAUGUCAGAGGGAUUAUGUUGAGGUCUUCGCGGACGGCCAAAGGUCAAGGGCAUGUGGCGGUCUCAGGAAUUUUGAAAGGAGGUCAGGAAGCGACAGUAUUCUGAACGUAAAAUUCGUCUCCAACCGAAGACUUCAGUGGAAUGGCUACACUGCCGAAGUCUGUGCAGGAGAACCACCAUCGACUACUUCCAGCACCACAACUACCUCCACUUCCAGCACCACAAGCACAAGCACCACGACCGAGACACCAACCAUGUGUGACGACAUCUGUGGAAGUGUUGAUGGAUUCACGGGGCGAAUUAGCAACCCUACGCCCGCAGAAACAACAAUUCCUUGGGUUGUGAUCGUCGACGUGUUCAGGGAUAACUUGUACAUCCGGGGCUCAGGCGUCCUUAUCUCCAGAAAGCAUAUUCUUACUUCUGCUUAUAUUUUCUACCAAGGAUCUCCAACCGGGAUAGACAAUGUGAUCGUCCGUGUCACAGCUGGUGAAUACGAUCUCAGCGAAUCAGAAACACCCGCGGUCCAGGUCCUCUACACAUCGGAUGUUACCAUCAACGAAAACUUCAACAGCACUGAGAGUGAGCUCGAUUACAACCUCGCGAUCCUCACUCUGCCUGAUGACGGUUUCACACUGAACUCCCGAGUCCUCCCCAUCUGCAUUGGGAAUAGCACAGUGUUGGAGUACGUCAAGGCUAAUUAUGCUUCAGUCUACCUGUCAGGUUUCGGCUGGACCGCAAGCGACUAUCCUGCGACGAACAUGUCAACUAUUAGCGUCAAUUUCUGCAACUUUGUCUUGGGUGACUACUUCUUCUGUCUCUUCACGCUCAACGCCCCAAAUACCCCAUGUUAUGGAGACACCGGCUCCGCCUAUUACCAGACCUACUCCGACGGCCGCGUCUACGCCGUCGGGAUGGUGAACACGAUAUCGCAGACAGUGUGUCCUGUCGGGGGCUUCGUUAUACCAGGAACCGAUCUCACUUACUUCUACGACUGGAUCGACCAGCAGACUUCACCACGACACUGUAACCCUUGAUUCGGAAAGGGAAUGGGAAUUGUCUUUGGAAUAGCUCUCGGGCGAUUCCUGGGUUCUUGCUUGGAGAUUGGAACUGGAUGUUUGACUUCUUCCUUCAUGUCUUUUUUGGUUUUCUAGUCCUUUUCUUUCUCUCUUUUGAUAGCUGCCUCUCUCUCUUACUCUCUCGCUUACUCUCUCUCUUACUCUCUCUCUCUCUCUCUCUAUCUCUCUCUCUCUUUCAUUUUCACUUCCGUCUUUUUUUAAUUACCCUUCUCCAUUAUUGAACCUUUUGGCUUUGUCUUCAGUCCUUCUACAAGUGAGACCCGAUGAUAUUCACUCUGUUGCUGAACUCAUACUUAUAGAGACCACCGGAGAAUCAUCACGUUUAUUGCAAAGGCACAGGAUUAAACUCCAUUGUCCACUGCCCAGAGAAGAGUAUUUAUACCUAUUUUUGGCCAAGGUGUUAAAGAGUGUGUUGCUGAAUCACGAAUGUUUUAUUUUAACUAACCUUCCAUGACCUAACUUUACUGGAACAUUAUUAUUGUUUGUAAUACUACUACUGCUGCUUCUGUCGGUGAUAGCUUUGGGGCUCAGAUUUUGAUGACUCAGAAUUGUAAAAUUGAAAUAGUCAUACUUCCUAAUAAUCAACAUAUAUCUAUACCUAAUCAGUAUAGUUUUCUUUGUAAAUUUAGCAGAAUAGAUUAAUCUGACCUAUAUAAUAAAAUCUAUAUUAACAAUA